AUGUCUACGUUAAGUGAGCGGUUGACCGCGUGUAUUGACGGAGAGUAUGGCAUCCAGUCUGUUUUGACCACCGUGCCUGAGGACUUGGUGGAAGUUUUGGACUCGUUGGAACAAAUCCCGUUGUUUAAAGAGAAAUGUUCUGGCAAGCUUGAACAAGUGGUGAAAUCAGUCUUGGACUCUCCAGACUCCACAGAAUCACCACUGAUACUUGAGUUUCUAAUCCAUCUUAUCAACGCAUCACCGAUAAACAAGAUUCGCAUAUAUUCCAGCACAUUGUGUGGUCUAUUGAUAGAUUACUGUUCUAACCCAGUCAACAAGAACUGCGCUCUGGUUCUUGAUCUAUUUGACUCCAUCGCCGAAUUCGGACUCAAUUUCCAGCAAAUCAACGAUAUUUAUAAAACCAGUAUUCAGUCUCCAGACUCAUUGAUCUCCCUGCCGAAACUAUUCCUGCAAAACAUCAACACCUCGAAAUCCUACAUAUUCCAAGCCGACUCCAAAUACUCUACACAAGCGGACUUUCCAGUGGCCAACUUCACCAUCCAAUUCUGGUUCCAAUAUACGCAUACGCAUCAGUUGCCAACUCCAUCUUCAGUCUUCUAUCUUGGCAACCACGAACAGCUGUUGAGUUACUCUUUGGAAAAUAGUAAGCUUUCUGUCAACACUUACACCGACAUUGCAACGUUUGAAGCUUUUACUUUCAAUCCAGGGACAAAAUACCAUGUUGUUUUGAUCCACAAACAAGAACGGAGACGAUCGUACAUCGAUCUGUUUGUCAACGCAGAGUUCAUACAGUCUAUUAAUAUCCAGCUUCCUGCUUCCAAACGUGCAUCCAAGCUGGAGAUUAACGGAACAAGUGGGAUCUACUUUGAACUGAUCAAUUUUCUGCUUGUUAGAGAACCAUUGAGGUACGAUUGGGUAUUGCUAUCGUACUAUCUUGGGCCUCAGUAUACAGGCACCUACCAAAAUAGAAACUUGCAACGUCACUUGUCCGAAAAAGCCAAAGUGAUUAUGAAAUUGAAACUUGAAGAAUCCGACCUCGACAACUUGCAGACACCAAAACUUAUUCAAAAGGCCAUUGUGGUGGAUCUCAAUGCAAACUCUUCUGAUGAGCUGGAUGGAAUCAUUUUAUGGAACCCAAACUUGAUCCUCAGCUCGGUGUAUUCGGUUGGCGGGUUUGCUGUCGGAUUGCGACUGAUUGAGGCCGCUUCGUCGCUCUCGGUUUUGGUGGAAUCGCUAGAGUUUCUUUUCUUAUUGCUGUCCAAUGACCCAGUUUCGAACCAGGAGUUUGAAAUGAAUGCUGGCUAUAAUAUCCUUGCUACCAUCUUAAAGACAAAAAAACAUAUCCUCGAUCUGAAAGUGCUUGACACAAUUCUCAAGUUUGUUGGAUAUAAUGAAAAGGCUCCAGUGGACUCCAUUCUUGCCAAUGGUCUUGCUUACAGAAUCCUAAUUGCGGACUUUGACAUAUGGAAACCAGAUUCGAGAGACAAAACCUCAGGAGGCCAAAUGAAAGACGCGUUCAAGUUUCUGCUUUUCCAGUUCUCAGUUUUUGGACAAGAUAGUCGCUACCAUAGUUACAACCUUAAGCAGCUUGCAGAAAUGAGAAUAGUGAAAAGGUUCAUCCAGGCAUUGAAAUACGGACUGUUUGAGGAAGAUUUGCUACCGUUAGUUCACGAUUCAAUGUCCAUUCUUCUCCAAACUAAUCCAUCGCCUGAAGCAAUCAAGUCGUUGUCGUUAUAUGUCAUUUAUGCUCUUGAGGUAGAAGACGAUUCAGGAUUACAACGGAAAUGCGGCCUGACUUUGCUCGAAAUUGUCAUGUCCAUCAUCCAGGACUCGUCCUUGAACUCCGACUCGCACAUGUACAAGAUAUUCAUGAAGACCGUAUCCACAAAAUGGGUGCUUUUGAUUUUGGACGAUUCCGACAUCAAGGUUGUGCAGAUUGCAUUGAAACUAUUGCGGAGAAUAAUGCAACAUUCGGAAAAGACAUACAAAUCUCUUUCUGACACGACUGGCUUAGCGCUGAUAUCCAGGCUACUGAACAAAUGGAGCUCCAGUCAUGAAUUACUUGACACUCUGGUUCAAAUAUCGGUUUGCAAAACAGCUGCUCAUCAUCACGAGCCGAUCAUCAUAAGUGAAUUUCUUGUGAUUGCAAAUAACAUCGCUUUAGAAUCCAGCUCGCAAGAAUUGUUAUUAUCAUAUAUCAAAACCCUUGACCAUUUGUCCAGCUCUUACAAGUCGUUCAGAUACUCGAUUUUAAAUGAUCUCAGGUGGAUUCGGAGCUUUCUGUUGCUCGUAUUGAGAUUGCAAAAUGAGUCCAGCAAAGUUGCUGUGCUUUACACUGCACUCCUGGGAAAACUGUUUGCAGAAAAGUUGAGCACGGCCCAAACCAAGUCGGAGCCUGUUUCUAUUGAUUCCGCCUACCAGAAAUUCCCACUCAUGUUUGGCUGCAUUGUUGUUCCUGAACUUCUCAAAUCCAACUCCAUUGGUGGUCUUGCAAAUCCAGCUUAUGCUAAGCUAUUGACCCGGUAUCUCACCAGCAAAAGAGCUUACUCAUUUGAUCCACAUGAAUACACACAGGUAAUCGAAACACUCAGUCUUGCGUUUGCUUCUGCUGAUGCAGCCAAGUUCAAGUCAAUCCGCAAAGACUUCCGUGAAGUGUUCAUCCAAGUGUUCUACCAUGCAAUACAAUCCUAUAAAGAUGAUCCCGAACACGUCCCUGAUGAAAUCAAAGCAUGCUGCUCUGGAUUCAUGGUUGACCGGAGCUUGUUUGUUACAACUACAAUGGAUGAUGGGGACAUUAUUAUUUUUUGCUCGCUUCUUGAGUGCAUAGGAAUAGUCGAUCAGGGCCUGUCCAGUCUUGCCAUCAAUUGCAUACGAAUUUAUUUGAUCAACCAGCCAGAUAUUAAACCGCUGGUGGCAUCGUUGACAGCGGAAGGCGAGGAGACGAUUAUUCUUUCUCACCUAUUCACACAGCUACCAUCGAUGAACGAUGAGGAUGUCAGACUGCUGUGGACCAAGGACUCGAUUUUGCGCUCGAUCAUCGACAAAAAGUUCGAUGCCAAGGGUAGGGGCUUUCAGAAACCGGAACUUAAACCUCGGAAGCAGGAACUCAUUGCUGAUUUGCUUGACGAGUAUCAUUUCGAAGUUACCGAAAAGGUGGACAAAAUUUACAACAAGGAGGUGCAAGUUUUGAAGAAAGCGAUUGAGCAAUCCGAGGCCAAAAAGUUCCAUCGACACAUCCAGGACGAUAAAGAUGAUCUUAACUAUUUCAUCAACAUGUUCAACAUUAUAAAGUCGCAGCUCCCAGUUGAAAAAUACAAACUAUGUGACACGCUUGAUUCCACCGAAGGCCCAAACAGAAUGAGAAAGCGGAUAGUACCGCGAAUUGACCCAUCUGAUGUCGAAAUACCUAUCCAGGAUGACUCUGAGUCUGGUUCAAGCGAAAUCGACGAUGGCUACGAAUUGUUAGCGGAACAGCUUGACUUUGACGUGUCCCAUGAAGACAAAAACAGAAAAAUCCUCAGAAGUUUGUACAUUGGUGACAAGAUUGUGGAAAUGGUGAAUGUGACACAAAUCCACGGUCUGGAGACGUUGGAGUCUAUAUUUAUUGUUGGACAAACCCAUAUCUACCUGGUUGGUAACUAUUUCCUCACCUCUGAUGGAAAGAUUGUUGAUCCAAAAGACGCCCCGAAGAAAGAACGCGAUUCGUUUAUUCAGCAUAUCACCGAAACAGGACCCGAAAACGUCACAUUUGAGCAUCAGACAGAGUCAUGGGAGCUGGCUAAGUUUGCGUCGAUCAGCAAGAGGAACUUUCUGCUUCGAGACGUGGCUUUAGAGUUGUUUUUCAUUGAUGGUAGCAGUUUCCUUGUUACCUGCAUUUCCAGAAAUGUUCGCGACUGGCUGUACAAUAUUCUGUCGAGCCGCGUAUCUGCCAGAUUCUCAGACACAUUGUUAGAGGACUCGCUUCGUCUGGCCUCCUCGUCUGGUACUCCGUUUGGAGCUAAACUGUUUAGUGUGCUGGGUUCUACCGGCUCCUCUUCUGCGUUGAACCAGAUAACGAAAAAGUGGCAGAAAGGAGAAAUAUCCAACUUUUACUAUCUCAUUCUGGUCAACACGAUGGCUGGAAGAACGUUCAACGAUUUGACUCAGUAUCCCGUUUUUCCGUUUGUGAUUGCAGACUACGAGAGCGAGGAACUGGAUUUGAGCAAUCCGUCCACGUUUAGAGACCUCCAAAAACCAAUGGGAGCGCAGAGCGAGAAGCGAGCAGCCCAAUUCAAGGAAAGAUACGAAGCCUCAAUUGAUAUGUCACCAGAUACACCACCAUUCCACUAUGGAACCCAUUACUCUUCUGCAAUGAUUGUUGCUUCGUACUUGAUCCGACUGCGGCCGUUUGUGAAGUCAUAUCUGCUCCUUCAAGGAGGCAAGUUUGACUACGCCGACAGAUCGUUCCAUUCGAUUCUCAAAGCAUGGAACAGUGCUUCAAGAGACAACACCACAGACGUGCGAGAACUGAUCCCAGAGUUCUACUAUCUGCCCGACUUCUUGGUGAAUAGCAAUAAUUUCGAGUUUGGACACUUGCAAGACGGAACCAAGGUGGAAGACGUUGCUCUUCCGCCGUGGGCUAAGAAUGACCCGGUGAUAUUUGUUGAAAAAAUGAGGCAGGCUCUAGAGAGUGACUAUGUUUCCGAACACUUGCACGAAUGGAUCGACCUGGUGUUUGGGUACAAACAGAGAGGUAAGUACGCUGUUGAGUCGCAGAACGUUUUCCAUCAUUUGAGUUACCAAGGAUCCACGGAUCUCGACAAGAUCAAAGACGAGCAUGACAGAAACGUCAUUGUGAGCACAAUCCACAAUUUUGGGCAGACCCCUGUCCAGCUAUUCCACAAGCCCCAUCCAAGGAAGAUCAACUUAUUGCGGCUUCAUUUUGACUACCAGAAAUUGUUUGAGCUGCCAUUGUCGAUCGUGGAAUCCUCUGAGACUGUAAGCAAGAUCGAGUUCAACUUUGCCAAGAAACAAUGGGAGGGACGAGACUGGAUGCACAGAAGCGCAAGGCAGCUGGACAUCCAAAUUUCCGGCCGCAACGAUAUAUGCGUGAACGGUCUUAUUUUUGAGAAUCUUAACGUGUGCAAGAUCACAUCGCUCGAGGUUCUCACGUCGGACCAGUUUGUGGUUGGGUUUGAAAACGGAGCUCUCCAGGUGUUCCGUUUGACGUCGAAUAAGCUGUCUGGCUUGAAGAACGCACAGCGCGUCAACGUCCGCCAGCCAACGGGCACUCCCUUGACCAACUCAAAGGAUUUGGAGCCGCAGGCUGUUCUGCGUGGACACAGAGCUCGGAUCCAAAAGAUCGAGGUAAACACUUUCUAUUCCACGAUCCUGUCGCUAAGUCUGGACGGCGAGGUGAAACUUUGGGACACCCUCCAGAACCGACUGAUGCGAGACGUGGCAACUGACUCGAAACUGGUUGCCAUGUCCAACGAAACAGGAACGGUGGCUGUUGUGGAUACGAACAACGUGCUACAUCUGUACACCAUCAACGGGAUGUCUAUCAUCGACCAUAUUCUGAAAGACGAGUGCACGGCCAUCACGUUUGCCGAGUCCAACCUGAACCACUGUCCGACAAUCUCACACUACUCGUGGAGCCACCACUCGAUUCUGGCUGUUGGAUUUCACAGCAAGAUUGUUCUGUACGAGCUCAAGCUGGACAAUGUGUGGAGCAUUGAGAAACUGCGCGACUUCAGCAUGUUUGGCGACUUUAACGUUGCGUGUUUGAGUCUGAAGCUGAACGUGGAGCUGAACGGGGAGGGCGGUUUCGUUGGACGCGGCGAGCUGGCUGCGGGAGGGGAAAAGAAGCUGAUGAUAUGGUGCUAA